AAAAAAAAAAAGUUUCUAGGUUCUUCGGGGACUAAAGCAGCAAGUGCGCCCCUUCAAAACAGGGCUUCUCCAAAGUCUCUCAAUUCGUCUCGCCAGUUUCUUUUUGGAUCUCUCUGUUCUCGUCAUGGCCGUCAUCUCGGAAUUCCAGGAAGAAGAACAGCAGAAGCCCUCUUCCUCUUCUUCCACCUCAGGCCUCGAUGCUGACGAGGAGGUUAUGAGCUCGAUUCUUGAGAGGAAGGGACCCAUGCCCUUCCUCGAGAUGGCGAUCGAUCUUGUAAGGCGGCGCUCGGACCUCUUCAAAGAUGGGGCGGCGGCGAGCAAAAUAACGGCCAUGGUGGCCGCAGCCAAAGAGAAGUUGGACGCUGAGGAAAGGCUGAAGAAGAGGGCGGUAGAGGCGGAGAAGCGCCCCAAAGAGACGGCCACAAAGGUUCCAGAGAAGAAGGUGGAGGUGGAUGCUCCCAAGCAGCUGCACCAGCCGGUCGAGGUUGGUGCAUCCGACAAAGAACGGGCAGUGGAAGCUGACAAGGCCAAUGGAAAAGAGGGUCCAAUAUUGCCAAACUCUGGAAAUGGUCUGGAUCUGGAUAAGUAUUCUUGGACUCAAACGCUUCAAGAGGUUACUGUCAAUAUUCCAGUUCCUCAGGGAACUAAAUCAAGGUUUGUGAUGUGUGAAAUAAAAAAGAACCAUCUAAAGUUUGGGCUUAAGGGACAGCCUCCCAUUAUAGAUGGGGAUCUGUAUCAGUCAGUCAAAGCAGAGGAUUGCUUCUGGAGUAUAGAGGAUGGAAAAUCCAUCUCUAUCCUUUUGACCAAGCAAAAUCAAAUGGAAUGGUGGAAAUGUUUGGUGAAAGGUGAUCCUGAAAUUGAUACCCAGAAAGUAGAACCUGAGAACAGCAAGUUAUCUGAUUUGGAUCCUGAAACUCGGCAAACUGUAGAGAAAAUGAUGUUUGAUCAGCGACAGAAAGCUAUGGGUCUCCCUACAACUGAUGAGAUGCAGAAGCAAGAAAUUCUCAAGAAAUUCAUGGCCCAGCAUCCAGAAAUGGACUUUUCAAAAGCUAAAAUAGCAUAAGGAUCGAUGAGAUGAAGGAAUGCCAAGUGAUAACUGGUUAUAGUUCUUCUGGGGACUAAUUAAGGCUGAGUUCUUUCUGUCAAGUGGGUCCUUCUUUGUGUUCACAAUACUAGUUUAGAUUUUUCAUGUUUUUUAAGCAACUUUAUUUGCAUCACUUUGUUCUUUUUCUUCCUUUUCACACCCUUUGAUCUGCUAUCUUAAGUUAUUUGGGCGCUUGGCCAUGUUUUGUGAACCUAAUGUUACCAUUCGGAAUGGAAACACUGUUGAAGAAAGGUUUGAGUUAAUUAUCUCAAGUUAUAUAACUAAAGAAGUUUUGAGAUGUC